AUGGCGAUGGAGAUGAGGCUCCCGGUCGCUCGCAAGCCUGUGAGUGAGAGCCUGGGCCGCGAGACUAAGAAACACCUGGUGGUGCCGGGGGACACGAUCACCACGGACACGGGCUUCAUGCGGGGCCAUGGAACUUACAUGGGGGAAGAGAAACUCAUUGCGUCUGUGGCUGGUUCCGUGGAAAGAGUAAACAAGCUGAUCUGUGUGAAAGCUUUGAAAACCAGAUAUAAUGGUGAAGUCGGUGACAUCGUAGUGGGGAGAAUCACAGAGGUUCAACAGAAGAGGUGGAAGGUGGAGACCAACUCCAGGCUGGAUUCAGUCUUGCUUCUGUCAUCCAUGAACCUUCCCGGAGGAGAGCUGAGGAGAAGAUCUGCGGAAGAUGAGCUGGCGAUGAGAGGUUUCCUGCAGGAAGGGGACCUUAUCAGUGCUGAGGUCCAGGCAGUGUUCUCUGAUGGAGCUGUUUCUCUGCACACGAGGAGUCUAAAGUACGGGAAACUAGGUCAGGGUGUUCUGGUCCAGGUUUCCCCCUCCCUGGUGAAACGACAGAAGACUCACUUCCAUGACUUGCCUUGUGGGGCCUCAGUAAUUCUCGGUAACAACGGCUUCAUCUGGAUCUACCCCACCCCUGAGCACAAGGAGGAUGAUGCAGGGGGCUUUGUUGCAAACCUGGAGCCCGUCUCCCUCACUGAUCGAGAGGUGAUCUCCCGGCUGCGGAACUGCAUCGUCUCGCUGGUGACUCAGAGGAUGAUGCUGUAUGAUACCAGCAUCCUAUAUUGCUAUGAGGCAUCCCUUCCACAUCAGAUUAAAGACAUCUUAAAGCCAGAAAUAAUGGAAGAGAUUGUGAUGGAAACGCGGCAGAGACUUUUGGAACAGGAGGGAUGAGGAGGAGCCUCUGAAGGACAGGACUGUAUACCUGACUGGAGCAGCUCUUGAAAGUGAAGAAUCUGGUUUGUGGUCCUGCGUGUGGCACAGCAAAGAUCUGGGACUGGGAAACUCAUCAUGGACCUGCGUCGGGCUGCCUCCAGCCCACAGACCUGCAUUCUUCUGUUCCAAGGCAAAGCCUGGGAGAGGUGAACUGUGCCACCUGCCCCUUGGGCUGCCUGCAGCUCCCCAGCACUGGGGGUGGGUUUGGGUCUUCAGAAGUAGGGGGUGUUCCAUUCCAGCCAAUGGACUCCCAUCCUGGAAUAAUGUGGAGAAUCUUUUGUCUUCUACUUACCAUCAGUUCACAAAACACAAUGCCCCAUGAAAUUGCUCCUAUAAAAAACAUGGCCUCUUUGACCCCAGA